UGGGGUUGAGAAGGCGCGCGCCGGGGUCGCCCGCCUCUCCUGGGGCCGCAAUAGCUGCCCAGCCCCUGACAACCGCCAAAGGGAUCCUGUUGCUAGGGGCGUUGCGAAGGAGGGGUCACGAGGAGGGGCUCCCUUCCGGGAGGAGGGCGAUUAAUAACCCGGAAGCGUUCGGCAGUGCGGCGCUGUUUAAAGAUGGCGGCGGAGGAACCUCAGCAGCAGAAGCAGGAGCCGCUAGGCAGCGACUCCGAAGGUGUUAACUGUCUGGCCUAUGAUGAAGCCAUUAUGGCUCAGCAAGACCGAAUUCAGCAAGAGAUUGCUGUGCAGAAUCCUCUGGUGUCCGAGCGUCUGGAACUCUCAGUCCUGUACAAGGAGUACGCUGAGGAUGACAACAUCUAUCAACAGAAGAUCAAGGACCUUCACAAAAAGUACUCUUACAUCCGGAAGACCAGGCCCGAUGGCAACUGCUUCUACCGAGCAUUUGGAUUCUCCCACUUGGAGGCACUCCUGGAUGACAGCAAGGAGCUGCAGCGGUUCAAGGCUGUGUCUGCCAAGAGUAAAGAGGACCUGGUGUCCCAGGGCUUUACUGAGUUCACAAUCGAGGACUUCCACAACACGUUUAUGGACCUUAUCGAGCAGGUGGAGAAGCAGACCUCGGUAGCUGACUUGCUGGCCUCCUUCAAUGACCAGAGCACCUCAGACUACCUUGUGGUCUACCUGCGACUGCUCACCUCAGGCUACCUGCAGCGGGAAAGCAAGUUCUUCGAGCACUUCAUUGAGGGUGGCCGGACUGUUAAGGAGUUCUGCCAGCAGGAGGUGGAACCCAUGUGCAAGGAGAGCGACCAUAUCCACAUCAUCGCCCUGGCCCAGGCCCUCAGCGUGUCCAUCCAAGUAGAGUACAUGGACCGUGGUGAGGGUGGCACCACCAACCCACACGUCUUCCCCGAGGGCUCCGAGCCCAAGGUCUACCUUCUCUACCGGCCUGGACACUACGACAUCCUCUACAAAUAGGGCUGGCUGGCCUGCUGCGCCGUGCCUGCCUCCCCUACCAGGCGCUAAACUUGUACAGAGGGUUUUUGGUUUGGUUUCUUUUUUCUUUUUUUUUUUUUGUGGUUGUAAAUGAUCAUAUUUUCACUCCUCCCUUAUCCUGUCACACACCUUCCAUGUUUUAUUAAAGGGGAUGCUGGUGGUGAGCCCGAGUAUGCGUUUCCCUGCUCUGCUACUCUGCCUUACCUGCCCGCUGCCUGCUGUGUGCCUGGCUGUCCCUUCCCCCAGGGUGGGUCCCCUAGCUUUCUACCUAUCUACCCACAAGCAUUUCUGCCAAGAGAAGUUUGAGGAGGCUAGGCCUCCAGGUUCCUUGGAGUUCUGCUUUCCACCCACCCUAAAGCCUGCCCCCUUUUCUCCUUGACUUUCUAGGGAUUUUUAUGGGAACUUGGCUGGAGGUCUCUGGUCACCCAUACUCUAAGCUGCCCCUUAGACUAGUUCUAGAUUUGCAGUUCUGGCCAAGGCCCCCAGGUCACAGCUUUCUGCCCACCUCCAGGGGUCUGCAUGAUUGAGGAGUCCUGAGAUGAGAGGUUAUGGGAGGAGGCUGACCAGGUAGGUGGAGGAGCUGUGUAUCCUCGGUGGGCCCCAGGAAGAGCUGGCCUGGUGUGGGAGGAACAUAAGGCCUCAUGUCUAGGCAAGGCUUGCCUGUUAACUGUUCCCCAGAAUCCCCUGCCUGUGCUUGCUCUGCAUCCUCUUGCUUGAGCCAUAUCUGCAUUACCUGCCUCUUUGCUUUUUCCUCCCACCCAGCACAUGUGGGGUCUCAGCCCAGGCUGUGAGCUCCUUGGGGGCAGGCCCUCAAUAAAUGUGAAGUGCUGCUGCC